AUGUCGCCUAAAUCUAUUUCAUGUGAAUGCGAAUCCGUGGAUGAGGCCGGCUUGGCAGUUCCGGGCCAGCCUGGGAUGUCAGCACCCUCGGGCUCUCCUGCUCCUAACUUCCUUACUUCUGCUGUAUCCACUAUGAUGACUGGAGUCACCAACGCUAUGGCUGUAUCAUCGGGUGCAUUAGCCCAAGUCGCUCAGAAGGAAGCUACAAUCGACAUAGGUGGCCAGUAUUGGUGGCGUCCCACCGCUCCUAGCUACACUAACAACGAACUCUAUAUGGAUGUAGUAGAGACUAUCAAUUGUAUAGUAGAUGAGCAGGGGACUAUCCUGGGUGCUGAUGUGACCGGGGAUAUAUCAGUGAUAUCCCGACUCAGUGGUCCUUGCCCUCACGCACUCCUCACAGUCCGCAACCCUCAUCUCCUUUCUAACGGCAAGGUCCAAUUCCAUCCAAGUGUCGAUGUAGAGAGAUGGCAUGCGGAACAGAAGAUGUCAUUCAUCCCUGCUGAUGGGCAAUACUCCCUCUGCACCUACUACAUCCCAAUACUACCCGAUCCCUCAACUCGUCUACUGCCCUUACAGCUCGAUCUCAAGGCAGCACCUUGUAGGAUGCAGAAUCAUCGUCCCCCAAGUAUAGUUGUUGAUGAUGUCGUUGUGAGUAUCCUACUCCCAACGUGUAUAGCCUCUGGUAGCUUGCAAACCACUGUGAAGAGCCAUAUUGAUGGCAAGGCCUCACCAUCCAUCCGUCUCGAUACGGCUUCCGACGGUGGUACCGUGCUCAUCUGGCACGUAGGGCAACUUGCAUCUAACGCUACCAGCGGGGAGGACACCAUCGUGGUCGCUAGUGGUAAACUAUCGUAUGAUGCUCAUGACGCAGCUCUGGCGGCGGCUAUGGCCAAGCUCAGGUGGGGUUCACUGUCCGAGGAUGGUGUAUCAGCGGCCUACGACUGGAUGGUCUUGAGGUAUCGUCCACCAAAGGGUAUAUACCUCGAAAGGGCUGCCGCUACUCUACACUCCCUCAAUACAAAGAUAACCCACGCUUCCGUGGUGGAGGAUGAUGAUGAAUCAGAGCCUACCUAUCUAUUUCUAGGAUACGACUCCGGUUUCGACCCGGACUCAAAGAAUGCCCGUCACAGCCAGACAUAUAACGCAGAUGCCGUACUUGGCUGGGACUGCGGCACAGGAAAGGUUAUCGAUUCUCUAGCCAUCCCUGGUGCAUCUUGUAUGUAUGUGCGUGCAAGCUCCUCUGGUAUGGUUGCCGCUACUACGAUAUACGAGCGAGUGAAGGCACGCAGGAGAGGUGUAUUCUUCCGUCCACUGACUACUAUAUACGUCUACGUAUACGCUGACCAGCGAUACCAUCAACUCAAGUCCAUAGCCCCUCGUGGACACAGGAGUAGCCCUGUCGCCGUAGUUGCAGACUCUACAUGUGCACGAUUCAUGGUCGUCCUAACCAAGAACGGCAGACUGCUCCAUCAGCACCUCCUAGGCCCCAGCAUAUCUACUGAGGUAACUGCUCUAAAGAAUGGUCCUGGCCCAGAAGGUGCCGAGCUGGCCCUCCUUACUGAUGACAUGACCGGGAUACUCCUAGAGCGCUCACGACCUCGAAUCGUGGUCUUCAUUGCAGAAGCCCGUCACGGUGUUGAAGUACUACAACAAGUGGAUCUACGUAAAGUGAUGGAGGCUUCUGGGCAGAACUUCUCCCGACUGCUCUCCUCUGGAGCUCUCUUACCUCAUUUUGGUGGUGAAGGCUUCGCUGUUCUAUGGAAGAAUAACUAUGUCUACUUCGACAUGUAUUCGGACAUAGAGGGCAUCAAACGUGCAAGGCCUAAGAGCCGUACAAUAGCGUCAUUGAAGCGUCCUUCGGGGAUCGACAUCAUUGCUGCUGUACCUACCACUGUUCACUGGCUAGCUUUACAGCUGAGCGACGAUCGACUCUUGUGGAGGUGGUGGAGCCCUGGAGAGACUCUUAUCAAGGAAGAGCCGGAAACUACAGAAAGGGCUGUGAAGGAAGAGCCGGCUGCAGGAGAGGCUCAAAUGGCAGUAGUCAAGGCUGAGCCUUUAUCCGGACCCAUGGAUUCCAAUGGGGAGGAGGAGGAAGAGCCAGACUAUGACGGGGCCCUUCGAGAUGACGAGAAGGGAGUCGAGGUCAUAUCAUUAUCCGACUCUGUUGACGACGGUUAUGAUAGUGAUAUCGAAAUCAUAGAGUCCGUCGCAGUCGUUGAUCUCGAUGCUGUGGAGGGAGGUGUAGCAGUAGAGGCGCCAUGGGGAGGUACGGCCAUGUACAACGAGGAUGAGAAUGGUGUGGUAUUACUUGAUGAUGAUUUGGAAGAUGAUAGAGCUGCAACAUCUGACCUCCUCUCCAUUGUUAAUACAGCAACUGACCAGGGUGCCGCCACAAGAGCCGACCCAAUAAAUGCUGCCACUUUGGAACUCCCUCCGGAUGCGAGGACUCGAUAUGCACCUGGUAAAAGCAUCGAGUUCAGCCCUUUAUCUGUGUCCACCUCGGCGAGUACAGCAGAUGAGCAUGCUAGGGAGCUGUGGGAACGGGCUAAGGCAGAUGAGGCUAUGGCCAGCGACGAGAUUGAAGCACAGGAUUGGGCUGCCGUACAUUGGCCAGAUGUAUUCGAACAGAACCUUAAGAGGAGGAGGAAGUGCGUGGAUAGACUGAUAUCGGACAUCGAGACGAACUGGUCCUCUACUCUGUGUCUCCGUCCGAGGAUUCCCCCGUUAUUAGAAGCUGAUAUCGAAAUGGUUGGGAAAUGCUUUCAAAGGCUCGCUAGGAAGAGAGGUCCGGCAUUGAUCCUCGAUGUUCGACAGUCCACCAAACGGGACCGGCACCUCUUCCUUAGCUCCUUGAUAGCUGGCAGCCUGCUGGUAGUUGGUGAUGAUGUAGAUGAUCAAUGCAGGGCCAACUCGAGCGGUGGAUCUUCGUCCUCCUCACGGCCUACUGAGGACCUGAAAGAAACUGACUCAUCCUCUCGCAGCGACACUGGGACCGCCGCCGCCACCGCCUUGGACGACGGCCCUGUGAAGAUGUUCCAUCGUAUCACGGGCGUAUCCUGGGAGAAGACACGGGUCUUGGCGGCUGAAAUGUGCCAUGUUGUAACUGCCUUCUCUGACUAUGAGCAGCGUACGGAAAUAUUCGCUCGAGUACAUAAACGUCACCUCCAGAAUCAAAAGGCUGACACUAAGCAGGGAUAUAAGCAUUAUUGGUGGAUACGCUGCGACCGAUGCGGGAAGUAUCGUCGUGCGCCUUACUACAUCGCCAAACAUCAUGGAGUUGAUAACGAGACUCCACCAGAGUUCCAUUGUGGGCUGUUGCAGCAGCGAGUGGAGGGGGGCGUGAAGCCUAUGUGGAAGCCGCUAUCCUGUGAAGACCCGCCUGAUGAGGCAGAAACUGACGAGGAUGAACAACUGGAGGCUCAGAGGUACGAUACGGAAUCGUCAUCUUCUGAUACUAAUACGCAAUACGACUCCGAACGGGAGCGACGACGUGACCAACAAUGCACGGGCAUUAUUACGGCCAGUAGGAGGCAUAAGAAGGAGCGGAACUUCCAGAGGAAGAUCAAGUUGAUCAAGAAGAACUUGAGAGCAUGGAAUAAGAAGAUAAGUAAGGCAGAGACUGAAGAGAUCGAGAGGGCUCGUAAGGAGAGAGCUAAGUAUGCUGGUAAUGACGACAUCGAUGAUGAUAAUUGGCAAGGAACAAGUGGCCAUCAUAAUGAUAACGACCCAGAUGAGAAUGAGGAACUCAAAAGGCUGGCAGGGCGGAUCAUGCGAGUGCAUAUGUCCAGUCUAAACUCUUACUCUCGAUUUGGAAGGAGACCGCAGCGCAAGAAGCCCGCCGGUCCUUCCACCACAUCGAGGGAGACUUCCAAAUUCGUUCCUUCCCCGAAAAAGACAAGUCGUGCUCCUCAGAAGGUGCUCACUACAGUGAUUAACGCCAGCUCGGAGGAUGCUCCGUGGGAAACGGUCUUUAUGGCUGAGGUUGCUGACAACAAGAACUUGAAAGAAUCGGUGAAGGAUGAUUUAAUUAAAAUGAUGCGGGUUCUAACAGACGAGCUCGCUACCGGAGGUUCCUUGUCGACGCUGAGACGGUGCCUGCAAGAUGAUAUAGCGGUCGAGAUACGGCUAAGUACGGCUGCAACAGAGGAGGUUGCUACUCGAGAACAGCGAGGAUUCCGUAAAUCUGUGAAGUUGGAAGUUGGCAGGAAGAGCACUCUUAAACCUGCUCAGAGGAAGCUACUUGAUGGUAUAAUAGGAGGAUUCAUGGCUCCUAGACCUCAGUCUAUAGAGGGAAAGCCAGUGUUAAAGAGAAAGUCCGGUGCUUUCAAGCCGUUGGGUAAGGUGGGUGCUGGGAGGCGAUCAGUCAACAGCAGACCUAGUCUAUACAAAGCAUGA